AUUCUAAACGUACAUACCUCUGUCAAAAUUUAUAAAUACCUAUUGCACAUAAAAAUCCCAAAUAAAUAAUUAAAAUAUAUUAUUCACGUUGAAUUUCAACGAGAUCUUAUAUAAAAUGCCUCUAAUACGUUCAGCGAGUUAUAAUUUAUUUAUUGAAAUCUUAGUCCGAGUGGUUUUACUGUCAUCUUUUUGUUACAUGGAAACAAUGACACCGUACACCAGAAUUAUAUUACCCAACGACAUGCCGGACUACAAGUACCCGAGGCGGGACUCCUUCGUGCCGAGCGGGAUGCUGUGGGCCGUGGUACUCUCCGUGCCGUUCACGUUGUCACUGCUAGCGUGGGCUGUGUGCAAUGACUGUAAUGACGCUUUGGAGGUACUGCUGGCAUGGUCUUUAUCGCUCGGAAUCAAUGGUGUCCUAACAGAUACAGUGAAAUUGAUAACAGGCCGACCCCGUCCAGACUUUUUCUACCGCUGUUUCCCCGACGGCGUUGAGAAACCGGAUAUGGAGUGCACGGGCGAUCCGCAGGACGUAAUGGACGGCAGGAAGUCGUUCCCGAGCGGGCACAGCAGUCUGUCGUUCUGCUCGCUGGGUGUGGCGUCGGCCUGGCUGUGCGGCCGGCUGGGCACGCUGGCCCGGCGGCGGGGCAGCGCGCCCCGCGUGCUCGCCUGCCUCGCCCCGCUGGUGGCGGCCGCCGCCGUCGCAAUGUCCAGGAGUUGCGAUUACCACCAUCAUUGGCAAGACAUUCUGGUAGGAUCUAUUCUGGGGUACACCGUAGCAAUAUUUUGCUAUCGUCAGUACUACAACCCAUUGACAUCAGACUUGGCAGGCAUACCUUAUGUGGUCUCCAACACUAUGUCGAAAUAUGUCAGCGGUAAACCAGACGUGAGUCCUGUUAAAGACAAUGGUGAGUUUGAGUCUACCCCGUUACUGAACGGGAGGAAAGAGGAUAAGUGGAUUUAAAUUUAAAAAAAAAUUAAAUUAAAAAAUUGAAAACUUCGUUCAUUAGCUAUUAUGGGACACUUCAAUAUCACUUAAUAAUUGUCAUAUCUUUUGGUUUCACAACUUUGUGGUUGACGUCAAAUGAAUUACAUAAAACUAUGUUCGCUGCCGCUUCCGAAGCGUCAGUGCAGAAGAAGCGGUAACAAACUGCACUGCAGCAUUUUCUUUAACAACGUCAACUUCACAACUGUCCAAACUUAGAAUAGAAAUGUGGACGAGAGAAUACAUUGUUUUGUUUAAUUGAUUUAUAUGAAAUGUGAACAAUAAAAAAAAAACAUUCUAUAAAUGCGUUUUUAAAGUAAGCAUUCUAUAUAUACGAGUAUAUUUAGUCGUAAAAUUUGGUUCUUAAACAACAAAAAACGUUAUUUAGUUAUACAUAAUAGAAUGAAACUAGAGAAUAUUUUAUAAUGAAAAUUCCUCAAUUUAUCAUAAUAAAAAAAUAAAAUAAAACAAAUGUAAAAUUUUUAAGUAUCAUUUGAAUACAAAAAAAUAUAUAAUAUUAUGUAAAUUCGAGCGGGAAGCUAAUUUAUAAAAAAAAAUUACACGAGUUUAAACAAGUUUGAACACGGAAUUGUGAAAUUAAAUCAUUUUAAAUGUGAUACAUGCAUAUUAUUAUAUUAAUAUAGUACUUACGUACAUGGUAAGUUAUAACUUGCUUAGAUUAUUU